AUGGGUAGUGCGAGUGCCCGAUCUCAUUCUCAUGCGCUUGCAGAAGGAUACGUUCCACUUGAUUCCAGCCAUGUCCGUCUUCAAGAACUCGGUUACAAGCAAGAACUCAAGCGUGACCUUUCGGUGAUUUCGAAUUUUGCGUUUUCGUUUUCUAUUAUUUCGGUGCUGACCGGAGUCACUACUCUUUACAACAUCGGAUUGAACUAUGGUGGCACUGUUUCCUUCGUUUAUGGCUGGUUUAUUGUCUCUGCUUUCACCAUGACUGUUGCGCUUUCAAUGGCUGAGAUCUGCUCCUCCUAUCCGACUUCCGGUGGGCUUUACUAUUGGAGCGCUAAGCUUGCUGGACCCAGAUGGGCUCCUUUUGCUUCCUGGAUCACUGGCUGGUUCAAUAUUGUUGGUCAGUGGGCAAUGACAACAAGUGUAGAUUUUUCACUUGCACUACUAAUUCAAGUUAUUAUUCUCCUUAGUACCGGUGGGAAAAAUGGUGGCGGAUAUGAGGCUUCCAAAUAUGUAGUUAUUGCUUUCCAUGCGGUAAUUUUGCUCUUACACGGCAUAAUAAACAGCCUUCCUAUCUCGUUGUUAUCAUUUUUGGGACAACUGGCAGCUAUUUGGAAUGUUUUAGGUGUUUUUGUGCUUAUGAUUGUUAUUCCAUCUGUUGCCACGGAAAGGGCUAGUGCAAAGUUUGUUUUUACUCAUUUCAAUACUGAAAAUGGGGAUGGAAUAAGCAACAGGCUCUACAUAUUUCUCUUGGGAUUUCUAAUGAGUCAGUAUACCCUAGUUGGAUUUGACGCAUCGGCUUAUAUGACAGAGGAAACCAGAGAUGCUGACAUAAAUGGACCAAAAGGAAUUAUCAGUGCUGUUGGGAUAUCUGUUAUAGUUGGAUGGGGUUACAUACUAGGCAUUACUUUUGCAGUCUCUGACAUCCCUUACCUUUUGAGUGAAGAUAAUGACGCUGGUGGGUAUGCUAUUGCUGAAGUGUUUUAUCUUGCAUUCAAGAAAAGAUAUGGCCAUGGAACUGGGGGUAUUAUUUGCUUAGUAAUUGUUGCUGUUGCAAUAUUUUUCUGUGGCAUGAGUUCAGUUACCAGCAAUUCAAGGAUGGUUUAUGCUUUCUCUAGAGAUGGGGCCAUGCCAAUAUCAUCAUUGUGGCACAAAGUUAACAGGCAAGAGGUUCCCAUCUAUGCAGUUUGGCUUUCCGUUUCUAUAUCAUUCAGCAUGGCCUUAACGUCUCUUGGAAGCAUAGUGGCAUUUGAGGCCAUGGUAUCCAUUGCAACGAUUGGCCUCUAUAUUGCUUAUGCCUUACCUAUAUUCUUUAGGGUGACCCUGGCACAGAAGGAUUUUGUCCCUGGGCCUUUCAACUUGGGCCGGUACGGAGUGAUUGUGGGCUGGGUUGCUGUUCUUUGGGUGCUGAUCAUUUCCAUACUUUUCUCAUUGCCUGUUUCCUACCCAAUAACAAUAGAAACACUUAACUACACUCCUGUUGCUUUUGGAUGUUUGCUUAUUCUUGUAGUUUCUUUCUGGUUAAUCAGUGGUCGGCGUUGGUUUAAAGGCCCUGUAACCAAUAUAUAA